AUGGAGACAGAAAAUACUUUCAGGAUCUCGUUUGCUAAAGAGAUUGAGGGUUAUUUAAAUAAUAAACGUUGUUUAUAUGAGGCUGAAGGUAGACGAGAAUAUCUUCCAUUAGUAGAUCAAGCUCUUAAUUUAAUAAAGAAUAUGAGAAAUUCUACUACGGCAGAGCCAGCUCAGAGUACUACAUUCGACCGACCUUCAGAGAAGAUGUAUCAUUAUGCUGAGGGUGAAGCAAUUGAUUGUGCUAUAUGCAUUGAACAUGUAGAGGCUAAUCAUGCUCAAGUUAGACUGUCAUGUGACUAUAAAUGUCCUUAUUGUCGAAUCGAAGUAGACAAAUUUGCGAAACAACCAAGGAUUUGGGAACAUCCUGUGCAUGGACCACAGCAACCACAGAAUCAAAUUGAUACAAAUGAUAUGCCACACCCAGGCGAAUUGGAUUUUGCAAAUUUUCAACGCGGUGUGCUACAAGUGGUAAACUCAAUAUUUGGUGGUAGAUUAAACCUUGGACAUCCCUUUCGCAAUGAUAACGGCACCGAAGAAGAUUAUUAUGAUAAUGAGGACGAUUCACCGUCUGAAAUUGAUGAUGAAAUUUAUGAAACACAUUAUGUUGAAAGUAAUGAUUCUGACAGUUCCGAUGAUUCAGAUGAAUCCGAGGAUGAUCACGAAUAUGAUCGUGGAACCGGCAAUACCUUCGGUCCACCACGUAAUCCAUAUUAUAGCAGCUCAAAUGAAACAUUAACUUCGUCAGGAAGACGAACUUAUCCAAGAGGAGCAACGCAUACUGAUUCAAUAAGGUCACGAUCAAUAACGCGUAAUCGUCCCCACCCUGAAUCUAUGAGUGGUUCAGCAUUUCGAAGGUUAGAUAAUCUUCAUUCAUCUCGUCCCCCAAGUUUUUCUAGAGAUAUUACUCCAAGAUCUGAAGUUAACGAAAUGUCUAGGUAUCGAAAUGAUAAUUAUUAUCCACAAAGAUCUGAUUUCAAUGAUAUGCCUAGAUUUCAUGAUCAAGACACUCUUAGACAUGUUAAUUCAAAUAAUGAAAGUUCCAUAUAUAAUGAUCACUUGAAUAAUGUUUCAUCGAGUAAUUUAUCUACUAGUAAUCAAAACAACGAACAAAUAUAUAAUAAUGCAAACAAUGGUCAUCAUUUUUUAAAUACGCUUCCACAAGCUAUUAUUAAUGCAUCACAAUCGUCAACAACGUCAUCAAAUUAUCAUAAUUCGAAUCCUUAUAGAACCCCAACAGAUUCUGAAUUCGAAUUUUCAAAUGCCUUAUACAGACACGCUUCGACAACGUCCCGAUUAAGAAAUAUGUAUCAAGAUGAUUCUACAGCAGACGAUUUGAUGGACGACGAAUCAAUAAGUUCAUCAUCGUCGUCUGAGGAGGAUUCGGACGAUGACCAAGACGAAGACGAAUCGAUGUUCACUGGUUCGUUCAAUUGGGAUGCGAGCAACAACAUGGACACAUCUGAUGAUUCUGAUAGCGAGGGUGAAGGCUACAGACAAAGUUUUUCCCGUCGUUCUUCCUCGUCUUCUGCAUCACCUGUCUUCUCUUCGUCGGACGAAGAUGAGAAUGAUAACGAGUCAGUCGUGACCACUUCCACAAGCAAUUCUAGGCCUGAAAUAAAUCAGCAAUGGUAUAAACCAUGGUCUUGGUACAAUCAAAGUGAUUCGCUGGCCUUGGCUACUUCUAAUGCUUCUACAAUCGCAGCACCUGACAGUGAUUCUACGAUUAGUAGUGGUGAUGAUUUUGAAUAA